AUGCUUUUCUUGACAUCAUUUUUAACUCUGGGGACCGUGGUUUCGGCCGCAGCUGUACCCACUGAAAGCCUGCAGUCAUGCUUGCUGACGGCCGUUGGCACCAACGACACUCUCGUGGCGUUCCCAGACGACGCCCAGUACCAAGAGAACGACGUCCACAUGUACAACCUAGAUGUUCCCAUUAUCCCGGCCGCCGUCACAUACCCACAGAGCGUCGAGAUGAUCUCGGAGAUCGUCAAGUGCGCUGCUAAGCAUGAACACAAAGUCCAGGCAAGAACCGGCGGCUACAGCUUCGGAAACUACUGCCUCGGCGGCAGCAAUCUGACGACCGUCGUCGUCGACACGCAGCACCUCAAGCACUUCUCCAUGGACGAAAGCACCUGGAUCGCCACCGUCGGCGCCGGGCACCGUCUCCAAGAAGUUGCCGACAAGAUGAGCGCUGCAGGCGGCCGCGCUAUCGCGCAAGGAGUCGCGCCCUACGUCGGCAUCGGCGGACACGCGACCAUCGGCGGACUGGGCCCUUUGUCGCGGCAGCUGGGCACGGCAGCCGAUCAAGUCGUCGAAGUGCAGGUCGUCCUGGCCAACGGCACCGUCGCCCGCGCCUCACGCACCGAGAACGCGGACCUCUUCUUCACGCUCCGCGGUGCCGGCGCCGGAUUCGGCGUCGUGACUGAGUUCCUGUUCCAGACGUCGCCGGAGCCGAGCGCUGAGGAGAUGAUCGACUAUACCUUCACCAUCCGAAACACCUCUUCUUCGACCAACACAACCGUCUCGUCUUCCCGCGAGCUCUACGCCGAGACGCUCAAGACCUGGAACACCAUAAUCAGCGACCCGGACCUAUCUUGGAACCUCAGCUCAACCGCAACGAUGCACGCAAGCGGCCUGCGCAUCCACGGCCGCUACUACGGCCAGCGCGCGGCCUUCGACGCCCUCGCUCUCUCCACCCGCAUCCCCAACAUCCUGACGUCCGACGUCCUCUCCGGCACCGAGGCAGACUUGGCCUCCGGCUUCCGCAUCCUGGGCGGCGACCCCAUCAGCUUCUACGCCAAAUCACUGGCGUUUUCCGAAGCCAGCGAUAGCAAUAGCGGCACGCUGAUGACGAACGAGAGCAUCGACGCGCUGCUGGACUACAUCGAUACGGCCGAGAAGGACACGCUGACCUGGUUCGUAAUUUUUGAUUUGGCUGGUGGUAAGGUCAACGCCGUGCCGGCAGACGACGCGGCGUACAGCCUGCGCGACACGCUGUACUUCCUACAGGCGUACGUCGUCGACAAGCCCCGUGUCGACGAGACGACGCGGAAUUUCUUGAACGGACUGGUUGACAAUAUCAAGGCGAAUGUUCCAGGUGUGCGUGGAGCGUAUCCUGGCUUCGUCGAUCCGGGACUGGGAGAUGAGGAGGGCGCGGAGCAGUACUGGGGCGCGAAUCUGCCGAAGCUGAGGACGAUCAAGGCCGAUGUCGAUCCGGCUGAUGUGUUUAGCAAUCCUCAGUCGGUGAGGCCUGCGGCUGAGGAGUGA